UGAAGAUUCAUUCACGACACUGUGAGCCAAAGAUUUGAUUAUUGCAAUGGCAAGAGUGGAUUCAGACUACUCAGAUGAGGAGUUUCGUUGAAUGGAAGCGCACGGAAGUGUUGGUUGUUGUGAAAAGACAGGAGAGCGAAGAAAGCUCCGACAAAGUAAAGAAAAAGAAGAAGAAGGAGAAGAAGGAGAAGAAAGGCAAAAAAAACAGCAAGAAAGAAAAGAAGGCUAAAAAAGAAAAGAAGGAAAAGAAGAAGGCGAAAAAGAAAAAGAAGGAGAAGAAGAGAAGAAAGAGUCCAAGCUAUUCUGACUACAGUUAUAGCUGUGGUGACAGCAGAGACUCUAGAAGCUGCAGCCGCAGCCGUAGUCGAAGCCGUAGCCGUGGUCGACAGCCAGCAGCACGAUCCCCUGCCAGGUACACUGCAGCUGGGGGUGGUGGUGGCUACGGUAACUUUGGUGGAGCACAGGGCAGAUAUGGGUGCGCACGCAGCCGGAGCAGGAGUCCUGCGUGGGCGGUCCCUGCUCCCAGGUCACCAAUGAAGUUUCCAGAGGGUCGGCCCUUAACCCUGGCGGAGGCCUGUGAGGCUGCUGGCAGAGGGUUCACCACUGGUAAAACUGCUCAAGAUGAUGAAGUGCAGGUUCUCAACCCAGAUGAGGAGCCUAUCGAAGCAGACAGGUAUGCCACGUUUGAAGAUGCUCGUGAUUUUCCUCGUGAAAUCCGAGAAGAGCUCAAGAACGCUGGCUUUCCUUCACCUUCGCAGAUCCAGGCCUACACCUGGCCCUUGGGCUUGCGGGGUAAGGACAUCAUAGGCAUAGCCGCCACUGGCAGUGGAAAGACUCUAGCAUUUCUCUUGCCAGCUUUUGCACAGAUGGUAGAGGAGAACCACCGCCCUGAACGAGAUGGUCCUGGUGCGCUUGUGAUGUCUCCAACGCGAGAGCUUGCACAGCAGACGGAGGCAGAGGCACAGCGGUUCGGAAAGUGCCUUGGUUUCCGCUGUGUUGCCAUGUAUGGUGGUGCACCGAAAGGUGAACAAAUGGCUAGAUAUCGUCAAGGUUGCCAUACCAUUGUGGCCUGCCCCGGUCGGCUCAAUGAUUUCCUUGAAGGUGGGCAGGUUCGAUUGGAUGGCGUGUUGAAGCUCGUCCUGGAUGAGGCUGACCGGAUGCUGGAUAUGGGAUUUGAGCCACAAAUCCGCAAGAUCCUUGCCAAGCUCCCACGCAAGCGCCACACGCUCUUCUUCACUGCAACAUGGCCAAAGGAGGUGCGGAAGUUGGCAUCAGAGAUUUUGAACAGGCCGUACAAAGUCAUGAUUGGAAACCGAGAAGUCUUGAAAGGCAACCAGGACAUCACCCAGAUUGUGAGAGUCAUGGAUGCCUUCAAUAAGAACCGGGAGAUCGUCACGACUUUGCGGGAGGCGGGCCUGACCACUCCAAGUGCAAGCGGCAAGGCGCUCGUCUUCUGCAAUACCAAGAGGAUGUGUGAGAACUUGUCGAACGAGUUGCACCGGCAGGGUCUACCUUGCACGUCUAUUCAUGGCGACAAGGACCAGCGGCAACGCGAAGAAGCCCUCAAUGGGCUUAAAAGUGGGAGGUACAAGGUUCUCAUUGCCACAGAUGUUGCUGCUCGCGGAUUAGACAUCAAGGGUGUUGGCUUGGUCAUCAACUUUGAUCCCGCCAAUAAUACAGAGGACUACGUCCACCGCAUCGGUCGCACUGGCCGGGCUGGAGCGAAGGGCUAUGCUAUCACCUUCAUGACAGGUCAGGAUGCAGCCAAAGCAAAAGGGAUUAUUGAGGUGAUGGAGCGCACCAAACAGGAGAUCAGUCCAGAACUGAUGCGACUGGCAGGUGCAGCACCAGCUGGAGGCAGGCAACUGAGACACCGAGGCAAAGGAGGAGGACGCAAUCGGAGCCCGAGCUUCUGACCUUUGCCCAAAAUUGAAAAACGAGCUUUUGGAGUUUGAAAUAGUUUUAGCGAAAUGAAAGCCAGUGCUUCUAGUCGCCGGUUCACUCACUGAUGUUGCUUUUGGCUGCAGCAAAUCAGGAGGAAUAUCAAC